AUGUCUUAUUUGGUCCCCACACUGAAUAUUUUCUUAGUCCUUUUCCCAUAGAUACCCUUUGUUUGUAUAUACCCUGCAAAACGAAACUGAUUUUGUCGUGUUCCCUUUUCACUGAUUAUCUCUGUUCUUCUUGGGAUUCUCACCAAAUCCGACCGCCGUCUACGGUGGCCCUCAGUUCACCUUCCGCCGUCUACGGUGGCCCUCAGUUCACCUUCCGCCGUUACUUAAUGCAGUAAUGAAAAUCAAAAACCAAUUCAAGUAACAGCAACAACUCCACCACCGAUUUUUGUUUUCUCCUGAAAAUUAAUAGUGAUGGGUUUAGUGAUGAAUGUGGUAGCAAUAGCCCUAGCUGCUGGGCACAAAACGAAGAGACCCUUUGGUGUGGAUGAUCAGGAUAUUGAAUUUGGAAAUCCAUGGUGGUUUGUUUAUGCGGGUGUGUCUUGUCUUCUCGUGCUGUUUGCUGGAAUUAUGUCUGGGCUUACGUUGGGGUUGAUGUCAAUGGGACUUGUUGAGCUUGAAAUUCUUCAAAGGAGUGGUACUAUUACUGAGAAGAAACAAGCAGCUACUAUUUUACCUGUUGUUCAAAAGCAGCAUCAGCUUCUUGUAACUUUGCUUUUAUGUAAUGCGGCUGCAAUGGAGGCUCUUCCAAUAUACUUAGACAAAAUUUUCCAUCCUGUUGUUGCUGUCGUUCUCUCUGUGACUUUUGUUUUAGCUUUUGGUGAGAUCAUUCCACAAGCGAUAUGCUCCCGAUAUGGGCUUGCUGUAGGUGCAAACUUUGUCUGGCUUGUUCGUGUUCUUAUGAUCAUUUGCUAUCCCAUUUCUUACCCGAUUGGAAAGGUUCUUGAUGCUGUACUGGGACAUCAUAAUGCUUUGUUCAGACGAGCUCAGUUGAAAGCCCUUGUUUCUAUCCAUGGUAUAGAGGCUGGUAAAGGUGGUGAGCUCACACAUGAUGAAACUACUAUUAUUCGCGGAGCACUGGAUUUGGCAACAAAGACUGCAGCAGUGGCCAUGACGCCUAUUGAAUCAACCUUUUCCCUGGAUGUCAAUUCAAAGUUGGACUGGGAAGCAAUUGGGAAAAUCCUGGCACGAGGUCAUAGCCGUGUUCCUGUUUAUUCUGAACAUCCAAAGAAUAUUAUCGGACUUCUACUGGUGAAGAGUCUUCUUACAGUACGAGCAGAAACAGAGACCCAUGUUAGUGCUGUUUCCAUCAGGAGAAUGCCUAGGGUACCAGAGGAUAUGCCUUUGUAUGAUAUUCUCAAUGAAUUUCAAAAGGGAAGCAGUCACAUGGCAGCUGUAGAGAAAGUAAGCAAGAAAGACUGCAACCUUGAAUCUGAUCGAGCUGGUGUCAAAGGUGGAGAAAACAAAUUUUGUAAUGGGGACUCACAGUUAACUACACCAUUCCUGUGCAAGAAUGAUGAAAAAUCAGACAUUGUUACUAUAAAUAUUGAUAAGGUCUCAUUGCAGAAUCAAGAAAUGAAAUUACCGUCGUUGCAUCAAAAGGGUGUUACGACAAAUAACUCAACAUAUUUAGCAGAAGAUAUUGAAGAUGGGGAAGUUAUUGGCAUCAUUACUCUGGAAGAUGUUUUUGAGGAACUCCUGCAGGAGGAAAUUGUGGACGAGACUGACGUAUAUGUAGACGUUCAUAAAAGAAUACGUGUAGCUGCUGCUUCAUCAGUUGUUCGAGCACCUUCUGCUAGGAAAUUGACAGGUCAAAAGGCUUCAGGCAAGGGAAGCAAGGACGGACUCAGAAGAAGUCAGUUGAGCAAUGAUUGCAGUAGAUAAUGUGGAGAUUGACCUUUCUUUGGCACCGAUGUGCGGCUUAUUAAGAGUAAAUGGACCAUUCAGGUUCAGUCUGUAUAAAAUUUGUAGUCGUUUUCAUUUAACCAGGCAAUGUAAAUUUUUGCAGUUUCGAUUGUAAUAUGCAUGUGACUCUUGGUAUAUACUAUCACUUGUAUCAAGCUCGAGUAUAGUGACUUAGAUAGACUGUAAUAACAGCAUCAUUCUUUUUUUCCCCUAGAGAUAACUACCCCCUACACUUCUCUUUGUGCCCAGUUUGUGUAAAAUGACAUCUUCAAUACAGAAUGCAACCGAGUAAAAGGUUAUUGC